UUAGAAAAGAGACCUGCUCGAGCCGGUCGACAGAUUAGCUGCUGCCAAGUACCCAAAUCAUUUAAAUCAUGAAGUGGCUGUCGAUUGCUUUCGUUCUGGGCCUUUGUGCCCUGGCUAGUGCCAACCCCCUGAGUCCUGGCAACGUGAUCAUCAACGGGGACUGCAAAGUUUGCAACAUACGAGGCGACUAGGUCCUAGGUAAAUGGCAAUAACAUUCAAUAAACAUUCAAAAAUAAAAUAAAAUGAACGAAAUACA